UGGAGCGGGCCAGGACCCAAAAGACGAACAACAUCAAACUCAAUCAAUGUCGGCUCGGUUCGGUUCUGGUCAAGUCAGCUUUAGCCUUUUGGGGAUUCAACUGUUUUGGAAGUUGUGUAGUAUAUAAAAGGACUGUGACUGAAAACCCGCUGGAAACAGGAAAAAUAAUCGCUGAGAGGCCUACGCCCAUUACUACGUACAAACUCAAAAACCCCUCUCCCUCUCUCUUCUCUCUCUAAUCUCUCUGGGGGAGUUCUCAGCCCAGCAUCAAUGGCCAACAAACUCAGCGCCGCCUCCGAUUCUGAGGCGGCGACGGCGAACCGCACAGUGUUCAUCGACACCAGCCUCAACACUCACCUCGCGAUGGUCCUCGCCGACUCCUACAGUGUUUCCGAUUUCAAAAGGAAAAUAGAGAAAGAACACACAUUGUGCUUCACUAACAUUGGGAAUAUAGUAGUUCAUGCUCUAAAGGUAAAGCGUAAAGGACACCUAUAUCACUUGUCGGAUUCUAUGUUUGUAAAAGAUGCGUUUGACGGGGCCAGCAAGAACUGGUUUCUUAGUGUUGAUGCUUCUAUUGUAGAAGAGAAGCGUGAUGAAAAACGGCUUGUCCACAAUCCUGAUUCUCACAACCUAUUGACUUGCUAUGGCCUCCUCUGUAAUGCUUCAGCCAAUGGGGUUGAUCUAUCACUCGAUGGUUCCCCCGAUCAAGGGACGAGUGAUCCAAACAACGCAACUUCCCCACAGAAACAUGUCGAGCGCAAAAGUGACGUAUCUAAUCAUGGGAUUCUUGGGAAGUGUGACAAGUCAGGGGAAGAAGCUUCGCAAUCUGAUCAUGCUGCAAAGAGAAAACGGAAGUUUGAUGAUGAAGUUAGGAAUGAACAUUUACAAGGAGACAAUAUUGAUACUGUCAAGGAUAUCUCCAAGCGAGAAAUUAUAUCUCAACAUGCUUUAGGGGACGAGGAGAAAAGUAAAAAUGCUGCCUUAGAUGAUUUACCUUUUAUACCUGUGAAUGAUGACCAUCCAGUGAUGAACAACUCAAGCAUUGAAAUGAAGAAAAGGAGAAAGAAAUCAAAAAGUAGACUUGGUCAAGUAGCUGCUGUAGAUCCAUCUGCUGGGAGAGACUUUUUGGAAGAGAGUUAUAUGAUCACCACUGGUAUUGAUCAGAAAGGUUCAGGUGGAGAACCUAAUACAAAAUCUUUUACUGGACAAGGUGAAAAUGGAAUAAAACAUUCUGAUACAAUUCAAGAAACUGGAGAACAUGUGCCCUCAGCAGAAGUACAUGAAGCUGAUGCACAUGAAGAGGACGCAACAUCUCUAGCAACCAAGAUGGGAAACUCAAAGGAUCACUAUCCUGUUGAAAUGGAAAGUAAUCCUCCUCUUGUUAUGGAAAAGCAUGUUGAUCUACCAAUUGACAUUGGGGUUUCUGGGCAAGAGAAUAUUGUAAACAAUCAGGCUGAAAGAGCAGAAGAGGAAGGAGCAUUGUCAAAGAAAAAGGAUUCUCUUGAGAUACGGUCAAAAAAGCAUUAUGAUCUAGCAACGGACAUUGGGGUUUCUGGGCAAGAGAAUAUUGGAAGUGGUCAGGCUGAAAGAGCAAAAGAGCAAGGAGCCUUGUCAAAGAAAAAGGGUUCUCGCAAAACGCAGUCGAAAAGGCAUGGCGAUCUACCGUUGGACAUUGGGGUCUCUGGGCAGGAGAAUAUUAGAAGUGAUCAGGCUGAAAGAACAGAAGUGCAAGAAGUAUUGACAAAGAACAAGCGUUCCCGCAAAACGCAGUUGAAAAAGGAUGACAAUCUACCAAUGGGCACUGGGGUCUCUGGGCAAGAGAAUAUUAUAAGUGAUCAGGCUGUAAGAGCAGAAGAGCAAGGGGCAUUUUCAAAGAAUAAGGGUUUGCAAAAAACACGGUCAAAAAGGAAUGACAUAGAAGUUGGGGUCUCUAGGCAAGAGAAUACUGUAAGUGACCAGGCUGAAAGAGCUGAAGAGCAGGGAGGCUUGUCAAAGAGAAAGGAUGACAAUCUACCGAUGGACAUUGAGGUCUCUGGGCAAGAGAAUAUUAUAAGCUAUCAGGCUGAAAGAGCAGAAGAGCAAGGAGCAUUUUCAAAGAAUAAGGGUUCGCAAAAACCAUGGUCGAAAGAGAAUGACAAUCGACCAAUAGAAGUUGGGGUCUCUGGGCAAGAGAAUAUUGUAAGUGACCAGGCUGAAAGAGCCGAAGAGCAGGGAGCCUUGUCAAAGAGAAAGGAGACUCUCAAAACGCAGUCGAAAAAGCAUGAUAAUUUAUCCCUGAACAUUGGGGUCUCCGGGCAAGAGAAAGUUAGAAGUGGUCAGGCUGAAAUAGCAGAAGAGCAAGGAACAUUGACAAAUAGAGAAAAUUCUCUCAAAAUGCAGCCGAAAAAGCGUGAUUCACGUAGGCAGGAAGAAACAGAGGUAGAAACAAAAGAUGUAAAUGCCGCCGCUGAUUUGUUGGAUGAAAAUGGGACUGUAGAACCAAUGAACUCUCGUAAAAAGAGAAAAGGGUCUAAAAAAACCAAGGAUUUGAUUGCAAAAGUUGUGACUUCAUUAGGGAGGGAAGACGUUGAAGGGUCUGAGACUAACAUUUCUGUUAAACCUUUUGAACCACUCGGUGAUAAGGCUAGGAAUGAAGAAACUAAUUUGUCUCAGACAAACAGGAAAGAAGAAUUGAGAUCGAAUGCAGAAAGUACUUUUCUUGCAAAGGAAAAUGGUGACGUCACUGGAACUGAGGUGAACACCGUGCAGCAAACCAGCGGAUAUCAAGCAGAAAAUGUGGAAGAGCAAGUCGGAAAGAAACCUAAAAGGAAACCAAAGUCAUCAGUAAAGAACCCCCCUGUUUUACAGUCGGAAGCUGGAAGUGUAGUUCACCAAAUUUCACCUGCACCAGUUGAUAAAACUCUGGUGGUUGGUUCGUCUAAGUCAAAGGAUAAAGGCAAGUUGAAAAAAAGGGCUGUAGAAGACCGUUUAAAUGAAGAAAAAAUGGAAUCCGAGAGUCGCGGAGUUGAAAAGGAACUUGUCCCUACCCAACCUGCUCAAUCGAAUUCGGCAGUAGCCAAGUCUACCAAAGUACAAUCAAACUCAAUUGACCCUAAAUACAAAGAAAAUGCUGGUGAAGCUGACCCUAGUGACGGAGCUAAUAAAGAUAUUGAAAUAUCUGGAGCAGGCUCUGAAAAACCUUUGCCUGACACUUCUAGUGGAGGUCUCGUCGACAAGAAGACUGGAGCAAAUAAGGAUGCUAAGACGCCAAAAUCCAAGACGAACAUAGAAAAUCCUGACACAUAUUCAGAUAAAAUAUCAUCCGCUUUUCAGAGUUCACAAAAGGCAAAUAGGAAACAAGGGAUCGAAAAGAAAGCUCCAGCUGGAAAAUCUAGCACCACCCCUCUUCAGUCUUUAUCAAAGGAUAAUCCUGAUGAAUCUGCAGUUCAGCCUACAGAGAAGUUGCAGAAAGCUUCUAAAACUGAGGCUAAAGCUUCGCCAACUGAUGUCUCUGGUAAGUUAAAUUCGACUCGGAAAGAAACCAAAAUGCAACACGCUGUCGGUGUUUCUGGGACAAACAUUCAAUCAGAGAAAAACACCGGCUUGGCUUCCGUCUCAAAUUCUCCCAUGGAAAGUUCAAGGAACAUAAUUAGUAAAGAUGUGGGUAGUAACAAGCAUCAACCGGGUAUGCAUAGCUACCGUGCAGCAAACAUAAAAGCUGCCGUUAAGGGAGAUGGUAAGAUUGUGAACAGCUUGGAACCCACUAAGAAGUUGAUAGCUACACCAGGAACAAUUUUCAGGGAUGAUGAUAGUGGUGAGAGUUCUGAAGAUGAAGGAGGGACGGAUGAUUCCGAUACCAGCACCAGAACUCCGUCGGAUUACUCACAGUCCUCUGACUACUCAGAUGGGGAGAGCAAUUCAAAUUUCAACUCACCAGAGAGAGGAUCUUAUGCCUCAAACAGAAUGAAAAGUGGUGGGAGAAGCACCAUAAAAUCAUGCUCUUCAAGUGCGAGGAACAUGACCUUUGAUAGCAUCCUUAAAAGUUCAAGCAGGUUCAAGAGGGCCAAAGAAACAGCAUCUCAGUUACAGCUGGAAGAUGAAAGUCAGCCUGAUGAAUUUGUUCCAGACAGCUUGCCCAUUGAAUAGUCACUUAUGAGUUAGGUCUCUAUUUUGUUUUGUCCCCCUUCUUUUCGCUCUCUCUCUCUCCUGUAGAAGUUUUCACAUUUUUCUCUACAGGGCUUUUUUUUUUUAACUGGUUAUAACUUACAAGUUUUUCUCUACAAUCAAACUUUUCG